UAUAAGAAGGUAUUGAUGAAUCACUACAUUCCAUUCAAGCCAGAGAGUUACAACAUGAUUAACCCAAAGCUCUACCUUCCCUUUAUUCUUCUUUUUAUUUUUCAUUUAUUCUCUCUUGUCUUGACACGAAAAAUAUCUGAGGUUAGCUAUUAUCUCAUUUAUCACCAAAGCGGAUUCAUAAUAUAUCCAAUGGGAUUAGAACCAAUUCCUGUGCCGCCUCCGGGUUCACCUCCGCCACCCCCUCCACCUCCAGAUUGGCCGCCUCGUCGGCCGCGUCCUCGCCCACCUCCUCGUCCUAAUUUGCUACCUUAUCAUACUGAUUUGUUGGGUUACCAUUCUAAUGCCUUUCAAGGGAUUAAGAAAAACCCUAUGUAUACGUCUCACCUAGUUGGUUACUAUCCUUAUUAUGAUUAUCAACCUUAUAUUCCUUUUCUGGUGCCUUCAACAACAAGCAAUCACUAUACUCAUACAUCUACCCCUCCUGCCUUAAUAAGCAUGCAAGAUACUAUUGGGGUAGAAUACUUUGACAAGGAUGUGAGAAACAAUUUCAAGCAUCCAACAUUGUUGAAGGAUUUGGAAAGAGGACAAAGACAUGACCCUGCAUAUGUAGAUCCUUCUUCACGGGGCAUCUACCUGAGGGAGGCUAGUGCUUUCCAACAAUCUACUGAGUGGACAGUGGAAGUUGAUCCAAAAUUUCAUGAGGAUGCCAACAAAAUUGGAGAAUUGGCUGUGUUUGAGGAGCACAUUGAAUUACAUUCUACAGAUAGCUCAGUUGUGAAAGCCCCUGAUUAUCUACUGCUCACUAAGAAUGGUCGUACCUUCAACAACAUUUGGAUUGACUCUGAGUAUGCACCAUAUGGAACCUCGAGUGUAUAUUGGGUGCAUAAAAUCCGGCCCUGUGCUUGCUCAGAAGGGAGUGAAAUAUCAUAAACAUGAAUACUGGAAGUUUGGUGAGGUAUCAAUGAAGAUUAUGCAAUGAAGAUUAAGCUGAUUAUAAUUGUGGUUUAUUGGCUAAGAUAGAGUACUGUUUAGAAUCUUUAUAUGUAUGGUGACUAAUGACUUUUAUUAGAAAAUACUUAUGUACGUAGGAUAUGCUUUUUUGUAGAGUAUUACUAGUAAAUUCUAAGUGAUAUUAUGGUUAUUUUGAUAUGGCUAUGCUUACUUUAGU